AUGACCGCCGAGGAACUUUUAAAACCAUUACCACAUGAGGUGAAAAAGAUACCGCGUUCCAUGAAUUGCUUUUUGUGCUUCCGAAGGAAAAUCUAUCUUCUGGCUGUCUCUGGUGGUUUCGUUGACGACAUCAGAGAUGGUCGGUUCCUUACCAGGGUCGUAACGAAAAUUUGGAAUAAUAUUAGUAAAGAGAAAAAAGGUAUCUACGUUCGGCUCGCCAAAGAGGUUAGGAAAAUCGACCACGAUCGUUACAAGGGGGUGAGAAUCAAAAAAAAGAUAAUCGGCGAGAAUCAGUUCGUGAACACUUACAUGGUCAACUAUAGUCCGACUUCUCGCAAAGGCAAAAAUGAUCUCAUAUCAUCUCACACCGGAAAUCCGUCACAACACCAGGGUUCACCUGUUGUGGAGAUGACGAAUUACUCGCUCCCUUCAUUCGUGGAAAACCCCGCGACAAUCGUCCCUGCCAAUGACGCGUUCAAUAAUAAAAUCGGCGAUUUUUCCUUUGUACUACCGAUAUACGACUACUACUAUCCGUAUUAUUUUAACCUCUUGAACCAGGAAGAGUUGCCAAACCCGUCCUACGAACACUGCUAUCGAAU